AAAAACUGCUUCUCCCAAAGUCUAUGUUCCUUCUCCCACCGGAAUCGCUUCUACUUCACUCACCCUUCCUCUCUCUCUUUCUCUCUCACCAGAAAUCUAACCUCACAAAUCCGAAGAGACAUUGAUCCAAUACCUGAUUUCAGAAACGUAAAUCGUACAGUGGCUGCUCUGUUGAUCCUCGUUUCGACGGUUAUUGGAGGGUUGAUCUCCGGAGCUUCUAUAGCAGACGGCCUAAGAGAAUCAAGCAUAUGGAGUUGGAUAAAUCGGAGCCGAAUAAUCCGGCGAUGACCUUCGACGAGGUCUCCAUGGAGCGAAGCAAGAACUUCGUCAAGGCGUUACAGGAGCUCAAAAACUUGAGGCCUCAACUUUACUCCGCGGCAGAUUACUGUGAGAAGUCGUAUCUUCAUAGCGAGCAAAAGCAGAUGGUACUGGACAAUUUGAAAGACUAUGCUGUGAAGGCUCUGGUUAAUGCUGUCGAUCAUUUGGGAACUGUAGCCUCCAAGCUAACCGAUCUCUUUGAGCAGCAAAAUUCGGAUAUAUCAACUAUGGAGCUAAGAGUUUCUUGUGUGAAUCAGCAACUUCUUACAUGCCGGGUAUACAAUGAUAAAGAGGGUCUCAGACAGCAACAACUGUUGGCAUUGAUCCCUAGGCAUCACAAGCAUUACAUUCUACCCAAUUCUGUCAACAAGAGGGUACACUUCAGUCCUCUCAGACGAUCUGACACAAUACAAAAUCACUAUCAAGCUAUAUCCCGUCUCCAACCUUCAGAUGCCCCUGCAUCGAAAUCACUCUCCUGGCAUUUAGGGUCAGAUACCAAGUCCACCCUAAAAGGAACAGCAGCUACUGCUCCAAGCCCAAAAGAUCCAAAAGCUUUUGCAAAAACUUCUGGGGUGUUCCAUCUGUUAGAUGAUGAAGAAAGCAUAAACAAGAAGCCUUCAGCUGGCUCUCAGCUAUCAGGAGGCCCUGCACCCACCAGCAUGAUGCAGACAUAUGGUGUUGCCCCAAAGGAUAUGGAAGUUGCGAAGCCUCUGACAGCACACAAGUCAUUUGACAAUCCGAGACAAGAGACCAUUCACGCCCCUGUCCGCAGCAAAAGCGUAUUGUCCGCGUUCUUCGUGAAGCAGAAAACGCCGAAGCUGAAGGCUGCUUAUGUCUCCUGAAUUCCCUACUCUCCUGGUAAACAAGCAUCUGCAUGUUCUUUCUGGUCACUAACCCGUUUGGUCUGCCUACUGUUCCAUAUUUCACCUAUCUUUUCUUGUUUAGCAUACUGAAAGCGAGCCAUAAUAUGAAAAUCCCACGCCCUGUCCGAUGUUGUAGUAAAACCAGACAAUAAAGAGAACUCUAAUGUCCUGCUGUGGAUUGCUAAGUGAAAACACGAUGACUCUGUGUUCCUAGGAAGGUUUUCCC